AUGGGGCAGAACAACAAUGUAACAGAAUUUGUGCUCCUUGGACUCACUCAAGGUCCUGAGGGACAAAAAGUGUUGUUUGUCAUGUUUUUAUUCAUCUACAUUGGAACAGUGCUUAGCAAUCUACUUGUUUUCCUGACUAUUAUUAUCAGCCCUUCCCUACGUUCUCCCAUGUACUUUUUCCUUGCCUCUCUUUCCUUCUUGGAUGCUGUUUAUGCCAAUUCUAUUUCUCCCAAAAUGAUUGCAGACUUACUCUGUGAAAAAAAGAUUAUUUCCUUCUCUGCUUGCAUGGGCCAGCUCUUUGUAGAACACUUUCUUGGGGGCUCUGAAAUCUUUCUCCUAGUAGCAAUGGCCUACGAUCGUUACGUGGCCAUCUGUAAACCACUGCACUACUUGACCAUCAUAAAUCAAAAGGUGUGCAUUCUGCUGCUGUUGGUGGCCAUGGUUGGAGGGUUUUUGCACUCUGUGGUGCAACUUCUCUUUGUGUACGAUCUCCCCUACUGUGGCCCAAACGUCAUCGAUCACUUCAUGUGUGACAUGUACCCAUUACUGGAACUUGCGUGCAUUGACACUUAUCUUAUAGGACUGACGAUGAUUGCCAAUGGUGGGGCUAUUUGUAUUGUCAUAUUUAUCCUCCUAUUAAUUUCAUAUGGUGUCAUCCUAAACUCCCUGAAGACCCACAGCCAAGAAGGGAGACGUAAAGCUCUGUCCACUUGCAGCUCUCACAUCACUGUGGUUGUCCUCUUUUUCUUGCCCUGUAUUUUCAUGUAUGCUAGACCCGUUUCCAAUUUUCCCAUUGACAAAUCUGUGGCUGUGCUUUAUACAAUUAUUACUCCCUUGCUGAACCCUCUAAUAUACACAUUGAGAAAUUCUGAAAUAAAAAACGCCAUGAGAAAACUCUGGGAUCAACAAUUACCUACAGCUAGAAUAGUCAGGUGUGUCUGCUCUGCACAUACUAUUGCUAAUCCUAAAGCAACACAUAAGAAAUAA